AUGUUCAAAUUCGCGCGUGCCGAUGGGCCGAAAAAGCCGGUCAGCGCGUUCAGCAGCAGUCCACGCGGUCCGAUCAUAAAAAUGGCCACGACGGAUACGCCGGCUCAGGAGGGCUGCUCCUGCUGCUUCAUGCGCUGCUGCACCUGCAUACACUUUUCGUUCCUCGCCAGCACGGUUGGACUGGUGAAACUCGUACAGACCUUGCUCAGCGGUGUCAUUCAGUACCUGCUGAUCGAGUACGGGCUUCGUUAUCACGCGACCAUCGGCACGGCCUUCGAGGGAUCCUUGACCACGUCUUCGGCCUGCUUCUUCACCUCGGCCAUUCUGCUCUUCAUCUACAUAGUCUCGGAAAGAUCCUAUAGGCUCAUAAGAGCUUCCUUGUUCGAAAUAAUGUUCAACAUAGUCUCCUGCUUCUUUUACUUGACUUCGGCAGUCUACAUGGCGUUUGCUACGAAAAUAUUCGUAUGGACGAUUAGCUUCACGACGCCGAGCGUUUAUUAUGGCAUGACUGGUGUUUAUGCACUAAGUACCGUUGCCGGUAUAUUGCACGGAGCCGAUGCUUUUUAUUCGUUCAAAGAUUUUGUGGCGCACUAG